AUGGCUCCUCCGCGUGCUUAUAGCAUUUUCGACAAAGUCGAAGUGAUCGGUUAUGAGCAAGGUUUCCUCGGUUCAUAUUAUGAGGCCACUGUUGUCUCUGUCCUGGGCGACGGUCGCUAUCAGGUUCUAUACAAGAACCUUAUAGAGGAUGAGGAGACCAAGAUUCCUAUAAAGGAGAAGCUAUUCCCGAGGGUCCUCCGCCCAAGGCCACCUCGUGUCCGAACCGUUGAGUUCAAGGUGGGCCAGAAUGUGGAUGUGUUCAUCAACGAAGGGUGGUGGAUUGGGAAGAUCGUCGCGGUUGACAUCGAGAGGUCCCUUUACAUGGUUUACUUCAGAUCCACCAACAAGAUCACUGAGUACCAUUCUUCCAGCAUUAGGGUUCACCAGGAUCUUAUUGAUGGGUUGUGGUACCAAAGUGGUCCCUAG